AUGUCUGUACCCGUCGUCAGAGGGGUGAGGCGAUAUGUGUACAAUGAUGUAGUAAGGCUGGAUGAUCUUGAGAAGCUCAUUGACUGCUCCUUCGUUCAGCCCUAUACAAUAAAUAGUGCAAAGGUAAUCUUUUUGAAGCCAAGGCCUCAGUCUAGGCCCUUCAAGGGUUCAGGGAAUAUUUGCCUCAGCUGUGAUAGAAUUCUCCAAGAGCCUUUUCACUACUGCUGCCUCACCUGCAAGGUGGAGCAUGUGGUGAUGCAGGGGGCUGACUUAUCAAGCAUACUGAUUCGAUUCGAUGAGUCGGAGUUUGCGUUUGCUCAUUUUGAGAGCCUGAGGAUGGAUGGGUCCGAUUUGCUCGAAGAUGAUGGUGUAGGCGGUGGACAGAUCACGCCGAAUUCGAUCUUGGAAGAUCCCUUGCAGUACAAGGGGAGCAAUGGGGGAUCGAGUGCCGUUGAUGGUGGUAGGGGUGCCGCGGGAAGAAGCGAUGCGGCGAAGAGAAAGAAGAGUGGUGGCGGGGCCGGGGGCGGUGGUGGCGGCGGUGGUCGAAGUUUCUUUCCAGGAAUAGUGCUCUCUCUCAGUAACAGGAGGAAGGGGGCUCCUCAUAGGUCUCCCCUAUCUUAAAAUAGUUAAGGGAGAAUCAGCUUGAUGAAGCUAGUUUAGGUACUAGUGUUUGCAUGUUAAUUUGUCUUUAAUGGUAUCAAAUUACUGUAGAUUGUCAUGCCCGGAAUACCCUUGCUAACUCAGUUAUGGGGGUAUUAUGGGCAUAAAUGUUAUGGUAUUUGGCUGUUGGCGGUUUGGAAGGGGGAAUGGGCAUUUCCAUUGCCUGCUAGGUGGUUGCAGCAGGUCAUAUUUGAGACUG